AUGACUAUAAUCCAACCAUCACAGACAAUUCAGAUGUUAGUAUCAAAAUCUGUUCUUAUCCCGCCACGGACCCUCCGAGAUAUCUCCUAACGGCUAGUUUGUAGCCCAUCUCAUCUAGCAAAAAUAUCUGUACCGGAGACCAUCGCCAGUUCUGCCAAUGUGUGUGGGGGGUAUCCUACCCUUGUUCCUCUACCACCUGCUGUCGCAUUUACCGCUAGUGUGUUUGAUGAGAUACCCACCAAGAUAUUCGUGACCACAGAGAUUAUCAGAGAAACCGGCUUCCCGUUUGCAAAGAGCAAUAUACCUAAAGGUGAGCCUAGGAAAUCAUUAUGGGGAUACCUGAAGCCACUCAACUCUUCCAGAGUUGGGGGAGUAGCCAAGAGGGAGGUGAGAACAUACGGAGAGAAAUCAUUCCAAGAGAGCGGGGUCUCACAGUGGUCUUACCUGGAUUUAUUCCCUCCGAUAUCAACCCAACCUCCAUCCUUAAGAUUCCCGGUAAUGCAUGGGCACGCCCAGGAUGCCAUGCAUGUCGCUAAAGGGAGGUCGAGCACAAUUCACACAAACGUGCGUCUACCUAUGUACCAUUGAUUCAUCACAGACUAUGAACUAAUACGGUGGUUUACAGAAAUUCUAUACCAACUUCUUCAUUGGAGAUCGCCACCAGCCCAUUUUCCCCAUGCCAUAUAACCUGGCAUGGGUGAAUGGAACCCGAGGUCUCUUAGGUUUGGCGGUUGACACUAUUGAUCUCACGAAAAGGAAGUUCGGACCGAAAAACGGGCCUGGCGGUGCGGCUGAAUACUAUUCCAAUGCUUUCAACCCGAGCAUCAUCCUUGGCUCGACGGAGCUUAGGAAAGGUGUUUCAGAUAUCAGGGUCUUUGACCCAGCGGGCCAAAGUGCGAGGGUUCGCAUAUACGCUGACCAUAAUAGAUAUAAUCGUUCUAUUCAGGAUAGAGUACGUGCCAGGAAGAUAAUUGACAUACCGAUUUGCAAUGGUAUGGGGUUCGUGAGUGCAGAGUAUCGCGGUUUGACUCCAGUGUGUGUAUCAGACUCCCUAUUGUCUAUGCCCUCCGUGUUAACCAUGUAAGAGAAUAUCUACUGUCGCAGCCUUUGAGGAUAUUAGGCAGCUGUCAUCGGACAACAAAUUGAUUACCAAGUACCUUCUACGCUUGGUGGGCAAUGCGAGCACCUGGCUUGUGUAUGCUCACCACCGCUCUAUAGAAGAGGCUGAAUCUGCCCCUUUCCGACUCCGAAUUGUGGGAACUUCUCGACUUGAAGGACGACAUCGUUUCACCGGCUUGUUGCAGGUGGCUCAUUUGUCCACGGAUAAUCGCGGACAUGCAGGGAGGGAAGCCCUCCUCGAUUACACCACUGGAAACUAUUGUGCGGGAGUAGAAAUCCGUGCACACAUUACGGGGCCCAAUGCCGAUAGGGGAGAAUACCAGAUGCGAUUCAAGCGUGGUGGACAGAGAAGAUCGCCUCUUGUAAGAAUAUGUUUUCCCAUUUGUUCGAUACUUGCUAAGUACUUCUAACCCGCUGAAGUUGAUGUAUGCUUUGCCGCAUCACGUCAAGACAUUUCAAAACUCCACAAUGGCAAAUAUCCACAGAGUCUUCAAACUACCGAGCCCAGCCAAAGGCAUGAUGUACGGAGUUAUUGCUGAUUCGUGGCGAUUGAAAGUUGAGUCAUUACCUGUGGAGAUUGGCUGGCUUCCGCUAGGAGGGAGGGGUUGUGCGUCUUUCCCCCCUGAGGCUCUCCGACAGAUAUAUGCAGUUGCUCGGGUCGAAGUGGCACAGAAUCUCACCAUGCAAACACAUGCCAACCCGAGCAUAUACUUUUCUGGAAAGGUAUGGGUCUCCCCCGCCUCGCUCAGAGCCCCAUUAAUUUUCUUAGGCGUACGCGAAAUACGCGUUUCUCUGUUACUCGACCCUGCAUGUUUUAAAAGAUCCGAGUCUCACUCAAUUUUGUCUGUCUAAACUCAAGAAGGAUUUUACGCUGUUCGCCGAGAACAGGCAACAAAAUAGAAUGGUCUAUGACAGUAAGUUGCUACCUGACCCUCAUGCAUCCAAGAGUGUUCUCACGACCCUCUAGCUACAUGGGGAGGGGUUGCUUCCGUCCAGGCCUUUGGAGGAGCGGACCCAACAGGAGAUACAGAUUUUGGAAACUAUCUCUACAACGAUCAUCACUUCCACUAUUCCUAUCACAUCCAGGCUGCGGCUUUACUCGUCCAACUUGAUAAGGAUCUUGGUAAUUCUGAUGUCUGGUUCCGAAAAAACGGUGAAUGGGUGAACAACCUACUCCGAGACGUAAGCUCUAUUUAUUAAGAUGUUUCGUGCUUCUGUCUGUUAACUAGGCACAGUACGCCAACCCGUCCAGGGAAGACCCAUAUUUCCCAGUAUUCCGUAACUUUGAUUGGUACCACGGUCAUUCUUGGGCAAGGGGACUUGUAAGCUGCGGGGAUUCGAAAGACGAGGAGUCUUCUUCUGAGGAUUUCAACUCGCUGUACGCACAGAAGCUUUGGGGGAUUGCCAUCAACGAUCGAUCGAUGAUUGCCCGUGCUAACUUGAUGCUCGGAAUUCUCAAAGUAUCUCUCAAUGAGUACAUGCUUAUGUCAAAGGGAAAUAAGAAUCACCCGAAAGAGUUCGUCGGCAACCUUGUGACCGGUAUCCUAGCCGAAAGCAAGGCGGACCACAAAACCUACUUUGGGGUGCACAAGGAAUAUGUCCAAGGGUAAGCUACCCUGGGCGAUCUUUGCUCAAUCGCCUUCACUAACCCAACUCAAGAAUCCAUAUGAUCCCGGUAACCGCAAUGUCACCAUACAUCCGCUCCGCCGAUUUCUGCGAACUUGAGUACAAGACAUACUUCUCGAAGGGUUUACACUAUGGUAGAUCGGGAGCGGACAGACUCUGGGCAGGAAUCAUUGAAGCCAAUCGAGCGAUUUUUGACGCGAGGGGUUCAUGGGAGUUUUUCAACCGGCCAGACUUUGAUGAUGCGAUGAUCGAUGGCGGCGCGAGCAGGACCUGGUUCAUGGUCCUUUCGGCUGGUAUGGGCGGAUUAAGCGUGAACGAGACCUGCCAUCUCAGAUGAAAUGAUCUGGUUUAUUGAGCUACCGGGAGAACUGGGUCUUAUUUGAGGGUUUUUGCGGCUACUGUUUUUACUGACCACCUGGCGAUGCUAUGGAUACCACGCGUUUGGGGGAGUAGGGUGUUCCGAAAGGACUGAUUUACUGGGCCUUAGACCUCAUUCGGGGUGAGAUUUUAACGGGCUUUCUUGAUUUAUCAAGCUGUUGGGUUUCUCCAUCUCAUUCAUCAGCUGUCACUCGAUUGUGCAAUGUUUAUUACUCUGGCAUGGAGGAAAUUUUUGGAAUGUGUUCCCGGAGAUCCAGUAUCCACAACAGAUAAUACAUGAGGAGAUUCCUCCCUGUGGGUAACGGCGAGUGAAACAAGCAUGGCCUUGUGGGGGAGUCCAACUAUACUGUACAGACUUUACUACCCCUUCCCCGGAAUUAGCGCCCUGCUAGGGGUGUUCAAUACUUACUUUGCGAGGUUGAGGUUUUUCGUUAGCGAUAUUAAUAAGUGUGGCAUCGCG